UUGCAACCCAUUACAGAGCAAGGUUUGGAAGAACUAAGGGAAUGUGUUAAUAAUUGCAAUGAGAGUGCUAAAUCUGCUGAUGAGGCUCUUCUUCGAUGGAGCGAUGAAUCCGAAUGGAUCUCUAAAACGUUCGUUUCGAGGAUUGUUACGCUUUGCAGCAGUUCUGAGACUUUGGAGGAAAAUUUGCUAAGAGCAAGACGGGAAGCAAUUGAAAAAGAUGCAUCUGAACGAGCAAAUGCAAUGAACACACUGCGUCAUCAUCGGGAACAAAGAACUCUUAAGAUGAUUGAGCUUGCGAAUGCAAUAGUUGCCGAAUGUCAGUCAUAUCAUGACGAAAGCGAGGACACACUAACCAUGAUGAAGUCUCACGAUGUGGCUAUGUUUGAAAAUAGUCUAGCGCAUCUGCAGAAGUUGCAGACUGUUAUCCAGCAGCAUGAAGAUGUGGAAACAGACACCUUCGCUGAUGACGUUAUGAAUAAAAACAGAUAUUUCACCGAUUGCAUACGAAAUUCUUUAAGCAGAGUUGAGUUUAGCGGUGAACAGAUCGUGAAUAUUAGUGGCAGUAAUGAGGAAAAACGAGUAGGAAGCCAGAAUGAGCAAUUAAAACGUGAACGAGCGAUUGUCCAGCAUGUCCGUGAUAGCCUAGGAGAGGUUAACAAGGAAUUAUCUGCUUUGGUUGAGAAGAAUUGGUUGAGUCGGGAGAAUACAGGCAAAACACCAAAGAAAUCGCACUAUCCUGUUGCUAACGACUCAGAAAUUCCACACGUUCCUAAAAAAGAGAAGAUGCUUCUGUCUAAGAGUUCGUCAAUCUCAUCUGAAGUCGGUUCCGCAUAG